AUGAGAUUGCUGCUUUCCGUCGUUAUAAGAAGUCAAACAGUCGAAGGGAUAACUUGCUACAAAUCGACUGAAUCCGGUAGAAUUGAAGAAAAGAGUGAAAAGGGUACGGCUUGCAUUAUGUAUCAUAAUUACGGAAUGUUAGGCUGUAGAAAGUCGGAAACUUAUUAUGAUAUUUGGAAAAGUCAUCUGAUGACUUUGCCUAUAUGCGGUGUUUUCGUAAAUCAUCCAACUUACCUUGCAGCAUGUUUAUGCAAUGAAGAUUCCUGCAAUACGCCAGAGAAAAUGCAGAGCGUCCUUGAUCAGUCAUUGGUUGAAUCGAAAGUUUUACAAAACAUGAAAAGUUAUGAGCCUUUCUACGAAUGGGAAGCCGCAAUUGCGGACCUAAUAACCAAAUCAGAUCCUAACAAUGAGUAUUUACAAUGUAUGAAAAAGAAUCUGUACGGAGAAGGAGGAAUCUCAAAAACUACGAUUAUCAUCAUCGUGAUUGUAGUAGUCUUUGUUUGCGGAAUCGCAUUCGUUGCGGUGAUAAAAAUCAGAGCAAACUAUCACAAGCAGCAACUGGCACUGACCUGGGAGCAACGCGUGAAGGAGGUCGGAAAAGAGCUGGAAAAGCAAGGUGCUCCUGGUGCAGGUGAAUCCAAACCAAAAUAA